AUGUCGAAGCGUGUGGAUCAAAUCGCAGGCCACCUCAACUACCCAAAGGGUAUGUUGGCGGGGCAAGUUGCGAUAAUCACAGGAUCGGGACAGGGCAUUGGGGCAGAGACGGCAAGGUUGUUUGCGAAUGAAGGCGCGAAGGUUGUGGUUGCAGAUGUGGAUGCGAGUAUUUUAACAGAAAAAGCGCAAGACGUCGCGGAUAAGAUCAAUGAGUCUGGAGGCAGUGCGAUUGCGGUUGUAGGGGAUGUGUUGAAUGAUGAGUAUGUGAAGGAAUUGGUGAAGAAGGCGGCAGAGUUUGGGAAUGGGAAGAUUCAUAUUAUUGUCAAUAAUGCGGGUUACACUUGGGAUGGCGUUAUUCAUAAGAUGACCGACAAGCAAUGGCAUACCAUUGUUGACCUCCAUGCUACCGCUCCUUUCAAGAUUGUCCGCGCUGCAGCUCCAUACUUUAGGGUUAAGGAUGGCGAACCCAGAAAUAUCAUCAGCAUCUCCUCUACUUCCGGUCUUCAUGGCAAUGCCGGCCAGAUCAACUACUCGUUGGCUAAAGCUGGUGUCACUGGUAUCACAAAAACCAUUGCGAAGGAAUGGGGUCCUCAGUUCGGCGUGCGAGCCAAUACGGUGGCGUUCGGCCACAUUAUGACGCGAUUGACGGCGGCGAAGGAGGCGGGGGCAUUCGUAACGACGCCAGAUGGCGAGAAGGUUGCGCUAGGCAUACCGCAGGCACAAAAGGCAUCCGGGCCUGGUGCAGAGCACGUGGAUAUCCCGCUGAGGAGACCUGGUACGGCGACCGAGGCGGCGAGUGCAGUGUUGGCUGUGGCUAGCCCGUUGUUCAGCUAUGUCAAUGGACAGACGAUUUCGGUGACAGGAGGACGGAACAUGUAG